UGUUUGAUUUUCUUUUAUGCAGCGAUGUAUGGAGGGAACGAGCAGAAGUUGUUCGAAGACUUAUUCAAGAAUUAUAAUAAGCUGGUCCGUCCGGUGUGGAACUCGUCACACGCCAUCAAUGUUACACUUACGUUAUCCAUCAACCAAAUCAAUAACAUGGAUGAAAGGAACCAAGUUUUGACGUUAAACGUAUGGAUAGAACAGCAUUGGGACGACCAGAAGCUCGUUUGGGAUCCAGAAGCUUAUGAGGGAAUUAAAAUCUUGCGUAUCCCAGCCACCGAGAUCUGGAUACCAGACGUCACCCUCUACGACAACGCUGAUUCGAACGACUACGUGGCCCACAGUCGGCAGUCCAAUGCUCUUGUCAACAGUGGUGGCACGGUGGAUCUUUGGUCCAAACCGGCCUUGGUCAAAAGCACCUGCAAGAUCGGCGUCAAGUUUUUCCCAUUUGACGAGCAGAUGUGCAGCAUGAAGUUCGGUUCUUGGACCUACAACAGCUUCCAGAUGAGUCUUGACAAGCACACGCCCGAACCCGACCUUUCAACUUUCGUCAACAACGAGCAAUGGGACCUCAAAUUCGCCGUCUCGCGGCGCCACAACGUGAAAUACGAAUGCUGUCCUGAACGUUAUCACGACGUCACCUUUUACAUCGGGAUGAGGCGAAAACCACUGUACUACAUCUACAACCUAAUCAUGCCUUGUAUUCUGUUGUCGUCGCUGUCGAUGUUGGGUUUCUUUAUGCCUUAUGACGUGGGUGUGGUCAAGGUGUCCCUUAGCGUAACACUCAUCUUAUCCUUGACUGUCUUCUUGCUACUGGUUGCCGAGAUGAUGCCAAGAACAUCAGAUGAAGUUCCUUUAAUUGGACAAUAUUACGCAGCGACCAUGUUCCUCAUAUCUCUGUCUACCGCCAUGAAUGUAUUUGUGUUGAACGUGAACGAGCGAGGAAAGAUCGAAGGACAGGAUGUUCCGCGAUGGCUUCGCAUCCUCGCUCUCGAUUACUUCGCCAAGGUUCUAUGCGUGCAGGCAUGUGGUUCCGGGUCACGGCGAACAGGACGCGACAGUUCCGACUAUAGACAGUACGGUGGUCAUUACACCACGCACAACUUUCAAAAUGGCAGCCAUCAGCGAACAGAUACGGGGCAUGCCACUUUAAAUCACUACAACCAAACACCGAGCCGGAACAGCAUGCAUGUUCGCUUCGGCACGGCGACGACGCCGGGCAACGAGUCAGAUAUGCUUCUCGAGGACAGGGACGUCGGUGGCGGGAUGGGAGAACUGGAGUCCAUGCAGGACCGGCGCCUUGCAAGACUAGAACGAAGCGUCACCGAUAUCUUUAAACAUAUGAAAAACCUGCAGAAGAAGCGGGAGAGACAAAACCAAUUGAAAUCAGACUGGGGAAAGGUAGCACAGGUACUGGACAGGGUGUUACUUGUUGUGUUCGUACUCUGUACAGCAGCAACGGCCCUCGUGUUGCUUCUAAGGCGAACACCGGGAGUUGAACCACCGCCAGAGGCAUAAACACAUAGAAAGAGAUGACUCCAAAGCUGCUUUGAAUUGUGUUUAUAUUGAUAUGAAUGAGGAGAAUAUGAAUUUAUUGUAAUACUUAUCGACCUUGUUGACGCUGGUGAAAGCAGAUGUGAUGUUCAAGAUAUUGGUACAAUGCCAGUGUCAUUCGCAGCAUUGAUCGCUCCGCAGUAAUGAGUUUUUGCAACGGAGACAGAUUCAAGAACACAGUAAUUUUUUGAAAAUGUCCGUCGAAUGACAAAGAACAGCUGGGCAGACUUUGUCGAAAAUUUGUGAACCAUAACAACAGUUUUGUCCUACGUUUCUUAGCUGACGAAUCAUUGCAAAUAUGUCGUUUGUCAAGAGUCCAAGACGAAACUGCCGUUUUGAUUCAUCGAUUUUCCACAAAGACUUCUUGGGUUGUUCAUUGUCAUAAAUGGCAUUUGAUAAUACAUUUUCUAUGUUCUUGAAGGCGUCGGGCGUUGUGGAAGCCAAAAACUCCCAAAUACAGCACAUAAGCUCAGCAGCAGCGGCUUGGUGGAAACUGCUUCCAGCAUUCGUGAUGAUGAGCAAAAAUUAUGACGUCAUGGAUCUCCAAAAUAUCGUCUGUACUAUUGGCAACUGUUGUUAUGCAGUUUUAAAUGUGACGACGCGAUAAACACUUGAUAUUUUUUGAUGCAAUGACUUAAGGGUAACUACAGUAUUGCAACUCAAAUAAUAUAUUUUCUUUGAUUUUCUUAUGUUGUUGUGAUGAGUUUUAUUGAAGCCUGGUUUUCACGAGACUUAAGACCUUUUGCGAAGGUUUGCCAUCGAAGCGAAUGUAAAAAAAAAUAGUAAUGAGGUCAAACUUCAAUUGAGAGAAGGUUUAUGCGGCAAAAAGCGCCAAAAUUGCGCAAAAUUUGACUUUAAAUGUGUUUAUAAGCUUCCCAUGACGUUCGCCAGAGUCGUUUUUCUUUCGCAAGUAGUUGUAAAUUGUCCAAUGAAAACCAGGCUUUGGUUACUGUUCCUUUGUAUUAUGUUAUUUGAUGAGCUAUUCGUAAUUUUUUUUAAAAGGUAUGCUAACUUCGGGCACAAUCGAUAUUUGUGCAUGGUCUUGCAGGCACUUAUGGAAGUGGGCGAGACAUUCAAAUGAAAAAUGUGAAUAGCAAUAUCUUAAUUGCAGUGAAUAACAUUUAAAAAUGGUGCCAAAAAUAAUUGUAAAAGAAUCAGUGCACAUUUAGGUUAUGUUAUAUGCUCACGAUAUUCAUUACAGCCGUCCAUGGUUCUGCAAAAAAUAGACUAUUAUAACUCCAUUACAAAAGGCAUCACUAUGGGAGAAUACGGACUACUGUAUACCAGGAAGAGGGACGAGGCAAUGGUAACAUGGGUCAUUUGGGGUGCACGCGCACUGCAUGUCAAUAUUCACAACUCUAUCAACUAUCCACUGUCCCCAGGGAAAAAUGCAUGUUUUUUUAAUAGAUUUAUAGCUUUGUAUUUAAUGAUACUUGUUCUUUUUCAGUUAAUAUUGUUUGACAUCAUGCACGAUCGAUAAGAAUAAACACAUAUAGUGUGUAUGAAACUUUGAGCAUGUAACAUGUGUAAGGGAGGCUUGGGAGAGGUAUCAUGUUGAAGGCAUUAUUACGGGUAUUUCUUAUUUCAUCCAAUCUCCCUCCCUGACCUUCCUUUCCUUCAAUUCAUACAUACUUUUUAAGUUUCCACUUCCUUUCGACAACGAGGAUCGGUAAUGCCAGUAUCGAAGUAGAAUUACAUUUAAGAGGUAAUAUCAAGCCCCCGAUCAAGCCUGAAUGAUAAAAAAAUGUUAUGGAAUAACAAUAUUGGUGAAUUUAGAAUAAAUGCAUCAGUUCGGUAGGAUUUAUUAGUGUCAUUUUUUCCCGGAAUUUUUCCCUGCCCAUGCCCACCCGUUUCAUUUCUCUUCCUCUUCAGCGUCCAGCCCUCUUCAUUCCCUUCUUUCUCAUCUUUUUCUUCAAUCUUCUCCAUUGUUCAUCUUUUUCCUCCCACCUUCUCUUUUCCUAUCCACGGGGCACGCAGUUGCCAUCAAUCUCCUCACCAUUAUCAUCACCACCGCCAUCAUCAUCACCAUCACCACCAUUAUCCCCACAAUCACAAUUCUCAUCACCUUCAAUGCCAAUAAGCCUGUUCACGGUUGUAGACUGCGCACGAGCAGAAAAGGGUCAUUUGAGAUAAACCAUGAAGGUGGCUUUCAAAUUCACUGACAUAGGCAUUUGUGAUUUGAUGAUUAUUCAUGUAUUCCUUUCAAAAUAUUCAUUUUAUCGCGUCCAAGCUGAAAAGUAAUAAAUAGAGCCUUCAUAAUCACUGGUAUUUGACAGUAGCCUAAACAAUAGUCAAAUGUGCCAAAGGCAGACAAUAAAACAGAUUU